AUGCCCAUGCACCCUUCCCCCAAGUUGCAUCCCAUUCGUGCAGCACUCCUACUUGUAGAGGGCAAGUGCACCUGUAUCUGCGGCUGCUUCGAUACUCCCCACGAUGCCUCCUCGUUGUGUCACUUCCAGAGGGUCUGCUUUGGCACCGCCCCCAUCCGGUGGGCUUCACGCGGAUUCGAACCCAGAGGAGAAAAAUUGGGCCUCACUUGCCUGGGUAGCAUCACGCCCCCACGUGCCAUACACCCUGUAAACGGAUGGUUCGGUGGCAUGCGGCACAUGGUCUGGAUGCUCCGCCCUGCUCGAUGA